AAAAUGAAUCUAAGUGAACCACUUGAAAUAUUUCCAUUAGAAGUUUGGGAAUUAAUUAUGUGCUAUUUGAGUAGCGUUGAUUACGCAUGCACUCAGAAAAUGUCGCUUCUCAAUAGGAAUUGGAGAACAAUAAUGCUUUCGAUGCACGAACCUUGGACCAGUGUUUCUAUUGAUAGAAGGGCUAUACGCAACACAGCCUCUCAACCGUUUAAUUCCUGGCUCAAUUUGAUACUUUCUCGAGCUAAUACUCCCAUUAAACGCGUUGAAUGGCUCACUGACAAUGCAGAUGAGACUAUGACAAGCUAUUUAGAUGCUAUACAAGGCGGGAAGUCUCCCUUACAUUCUAUAAGGUUGAAAGGCUACUAUGGUUUGACAAAAAGUCAUGCUCUGAAGUUUAGACCCCCACCAACUACAACUCUCUAUGUUCACGUAGAAGCAUCUAAUGCAUCAGAUUAUUUUGAUCCAGAUGAGGCAAUUUUGCGACAUACCAAUGGAUUGGAGAAUCUUCACCUCGUCAACACAUUCCCGAAUCUGCUCCCAAUAUCAUGCAAUUUGAGGAGUCUCUCAAUGCACUUUACAAAUACAGUAUUGGAUAUUGGAGCUGCACAGAACUUUAUCGCAGAUCAACAAGGCCUGAGAUUUUUGAGCAUUAGGAAUCUUAAGCAAGAUGUCCCGGCACAUCGACAUAUCAUACUAAAUGAUUUGGAGCAUCUCGAGUUAAUCAACUCUGGAUCGCUCAAAGAUGCCAUAGUUGCUCCAAAUGCGCGCACGAUCAUCCUUCAAAAUUAAUACCAAUCAGAGAUUUAUACCUAUUAUGUUACUACAAUGCAUUUCUAUAAUACAACUCAAAGAGAUUUUAGUUCGGAUCGCUUUUUCUCUUCAAAUACUCUCUUAUCAAGUACCUCCUUGCGUUUUACAGCUGCCUCUACGGAAAUACCCGCGAAAACUGUAGCUGCACCAGCCCAUUGACCUGACGAAAGCUUGUGAUUAUAAAUAAAGACACUAAGAAGUAUCGUAAAAAGCUUCCUGGUGAGUGUAAUGGUAACUAAUG